AUGGGAGACCGAAGAGGCCAGCGUGCUCCGCAGGUGAAGAACAAGUCGGCGGCCGAGAUCCAGAUCACUGCCGAGCAGAUCAUUCGCGAGGCGCAGGAGCGGCAGGAGGAAGAAAUCCAGCCGCCCAAGCAGAAGAUCACCGAUAAGGAGGAAUUGGACGAGUAUCGAUUGCGGAAGCGUAAGGAAUUCGAGGAUCAGAUUCGCAGGCAGCGCGGCCUCAUCACAAAUUGGCUCAAGUAUGCCGCCUGGGAGGACAGCCAGGGCGAGAUGGAGCGGGCGCGCAACGUCUACGAGCGCGCGCUCGAUGUGGAGUACCGCAAUGUCACCAUCUGGCUCAAGUACGCCGAGAUGGAGAUGAAGCACAAGAACGUCAACCUCGCCCGCAACCUGUGGGAUCGCGCGGUCACGCUCCUCCCGCGCGUCAGCCAGUUCUGGUACAAGUACAUCUACAUGGAGGACAUCCUGGGCAACUACGCCAAUGCGCGACAGAUCUUCGAGCGAUGGAUGGAGUGGCAGCCCGACGAGCAGGCCUGGAACUCCUACGUCAAGUUCGAGAUGCGGCAACGGCGAGGUGGAGCGCGCGCGGUCGGUCUACCAACGAGCAACCCGACCGUCAAGACCUGGGUCCGCUGGGCGCGCUUCGAGGAGAAGCUGGGCGAGGUGGCGCGGUCGCGCGAGGUCUACGAGAAGGCCAUCGACUACCUGGGCGACCUGGCCAACGACGAGCUGCUCUUCAUCGCCUUUGCCGAGUUCGAGGAGCGCGCGCGCGAGUACGACCGCGCGCGCGCGAUCUACAAGUACGCGCUCGACCACAUCCCGAAGGCGCGGGCCGACGACCUCUACCGCAUGUUCAUCACGUUUGAGAAGCAGCACGGCCAGCGCAGCGACAUCGAGGACGUCAUCGUCGGCAAGCGCCGCUUCCAGUACGAGGAGGAGCUCAAGACCAACACCCACAACUACGACAUCUGGUUCGACUACGUGCGCCUCGAGGAGAUCAACUCGCCGGCCGAGCGCGUGCGCGACAUCUACGAGCGGGCCAUCGCCAACGUGCCCCCGGCCGCCGACAAGCGCUUCUGGCGGCGCUACAUCUACCUGUGGAUCAACUACGCGCUCUACGAGGAGCUCCAGGCCAACGACGCCGGGCGCGCGCGCGAGGUCUACAAGCAGCUGCUGCGCAUCAUCCCCCACCAGAGCUUCUCCUUCAGCAAGGCCUGGACCAUGGCCGCCCAGUUCGAGAUCCGACAGCUCGACCUGGCCGGCGCGCGGUCGGUGCUCGGGCACGGCAUCGGCAUGGCCCCGAAGGAGAAGGUGUUCAAGUUCUACAUCCAGCUCGAGCUCCAGCUGGGCAACGUCGACCGCUGCCGGCGCCUGUACGAGGCCUACGUCGAGCGACACCCCGACAAGUGCUCGGCGUGGACCUCCUACGCCGAGCUCGAGCGCCAGCUGGGCGAGGUCGAGCGCGCGCGCGCCAUCUACGACCUCGCCGUCGAGCAGCCGCUGCUCGACAUGCCCGAGGUGCUGUGGAAGGCCUACAUCGACUUUGAGAUCGAGCAGGAGGAGGCCGAGCGCACCGAGCUCCUCUACCGGCGCCUCCUCGAGCGCACCAAGCACGUCAAGGUCUGGAUCUCCUACGCCCAGUUCCUCGCCACCAUCGCCGGCCGCGCCGACGACGCCCGCACCACCUACGAGGACGCCUACAAGUACCUCAAGAACGCCGGCCUCAAGGAGGAGCGCGUCCUGCUGGUCCAGAGCUGGAAGCAGUUCGAGGAGCAGGCCGCCGACGAGAAGGGCCUCGCCCGCGUCAACGCCCUCCUCCCCAAGCGCAUCAAGAAGCGGCGCCCGAUCAAGACCGACGACGGCACCGCCGCCGGCUGGGAGGAGUACUACGACUACAUCUUCCCCGACGAGCAGGCCGCCCUCCCCAACCUCCGCAUUCUCCAGAAGGCCCACCAAUGGAAGGCCGCCGAGUCCUCUUCCUGA